AUGACGGGCGGCAGCACGUCCAGCACCUCUGAAGUGCCAGACGAUUCGACCUACUUCUCCUCGCUCGGCAGAGCACGAGUUAAAGCACCACGUCCCGAAAAGCCUGAUCCUGAAAAACCCCAGAUCAGCUCGCGCGAGCUCAACACCCAGCUGCGCGAAGGCAAAACGGUCGAUGAGUACGAGACACCCGCCAACAAUCAUGCGGCACCACAGCAGUACGGAGCCCCUGGCUACCAGUGGCGAAUGAUGAAGCUGAAACGUACGCUUGAGGCGGCGGAGCAAGAGGGGAGGCGCGUGGAAGAGGUGGCGCUGGAAAGAUAUGCGAGUCUGGACGAUUUCGAGCACGCGCAAGCCGAACGGCGGUUUCUCGACGGUAAAAAACAAGGCAAUGGUUCGGGUGGCGAGGCGGAACGCAGCACGCCGACGCUGCAGAGUGUGACGAGGCGGAGUUAUCUCAUUGCGAGUGGUGGCGAAGGAGCGUCGACGAGUGGGACCGACUCGCCUGCUGCUACCACAUCACGACCGGCAAGCAGGCAAGGCUUCAAAAGGCCGGGGGAAUCGUCUAAUCUUGCAACGCCCACGCCUGCACCUUCGCGCCCGCCGCGCAACAUCGGGUUCGAGACACCCUCAUCCAAGCCUUCUACGCCCACAGCCAUCCCCACCGUUUUUACGCCUAUCGUCGAGCGCCAAAUCGAGUCGCAACCGCAACAAGGCGUCGUGCUGGAUGACGGCUCCACUGAUCCCGACCGGCCCGUUCUGACGCCAGACCAGCUCAACAAGCUGCAAGCCAAAAUCCUCCAAGCCGAGCUCAUGGGUGAUGCCAACCUGGACGCACUGCGGGCCGAGUACGAGAGCGAAUCGGCGCGUGCGACAGCGCACCGUACGAUGGCGGGCGAUCGUGGAGGCGGCUUUGCUGCUUCUUCUGGAACUCGAACAGGAAACGGCGGCGGCACGGCGGGUGUGUUGGUGCAAGACGGGGCACGCGAGCUGCAGGUGUUGCCGACACUGGACGCUCAGGGGCGCAUGUACGACGUUGGCUCGUUGUCCGGCCAAGGCGACGCCAGCCACGGUGCAGGCGACGGCAAGGGCAAACGAAAACUGAAAGGUCGGGACGAGUUUGAAGCGCGCGAUCCACAUACCGGCGCCAUCAUCCGGUACUCUGCCGACGACGACUCGCUCUCCCUCAACGACCUGGUGCGACAGGAAAAGUUCAGCGCCGGCUCGCGCUGGUCCAAAAACCCCGACGCCGAGAUCGCGGCCAACAUCGUCACGGACGCCAGCUACAGCGCGUCACUUGACGAGCAGGACUCGGAAGCGCAUCGGUACGCCAAGAAAAAGAUGCGCAGCGAUGCGCUCAAGCGCCAGUUUGCGAUCAACGAUUUCGCGCGCACCAAGCAGAUUCUGGACAGAUGUCGGUUCUGCUGGCAGGAUGAGGGGGCGCGACCGCCGCGCGUGACGGUGGUCAGUACAGGAUACCGGGCCUACCUUGCGAUCCCGGACGUGGAAGCUGCCACGCCCGCCGCAGAGGACCAUGUGCUGAUCGUGCCGAUGCAGCAUCACCUGAGUUUGCUCGAGGCGGACGACGAUACAUGGGACGAGAUGAAGAACUUCCAAAAGUGUCUGGUGCAGUUGGCUGCACAACAAGACCGCGUGGUGGUGUUCUGGGAAACGGUCGCCUCGAUCAAGGCGCAGCUGCACAGCGUGAUGGAAGCCGUGUUGCUGCCGAAGGGUGCGAUGGAUCUGGUGCCGGGAGCCGUUCCGGAAUGCCCUCGUGCCGAAUCUGCCGUACUUUGCGGUCUCGUGGGACUACCGCUGGGGCACGGGCUACGGGCACGUCAUUGA